AGUUUCAAAUUCAAAUCAAACAGAACCCAAGAAAAAAGAAAGAGCAAAGGGAAGAAAAAUGUUACUAGAAACCUCGCCAAAGCACAACAAACAUCACCGAGGUGCGGUGAAAGAGUUCCGAGUGUGUUACGUGUCCGAAGAACCGGCUCGGGUGUUCGAGUAUACCGACUUUGGUGGCUUGCUGAGCUCGACAAACCGCGAGGGCAGCUCGUUCCGUGAUCCGGAGAACACGAUGACGAGGGGGAGAGUUCAUCAUCAUGAUCAUGUCGGAAAGGCGAAGGCAAAGGCCGUGGAGGAAGACGUGGACGAGGAGGCCGAGGAGUUCAUCAAAUUCGAGCAUAGGAAGUUCAACAGAUGGACGACAAAGGGCUAGUUUGCUGAAUUGAUUAGCCUCAAAAUCUCUUCAAGGGAAUCAAAAUGGUAUAAAUUAUAUAUAUAUAUAUAUAUUUGUAUAAUUACUUAUAGUGAUAUUUAAGGAACGUCUUUCUAGUUAUUUUGAUUGUGGAAUAAAAUGGCGUGUAUAUUCAUACAUAUGUUUACUUUUAACGUUGUGUAAUAAGACUAUAAUAAAUUGGUUCUCUCUUA